AUGAAAGUGAAUAUUAGUUAUUUUAUAAUAACUUUGUGCUAUGCUACAGAAUGGAUAAAAGAUAUUGAAACUUAGCGGCUUUAUUUAUGCGAUAGAGUUGCUGGGUUUUAUUAUGACAAAAAUUAAGAUUAGAUUUUUAGUUAUUUUUCUGAAUACGAUGAGACUUCAAAAUAAGAUCUUGUAUUGAAUCAUUUUUUUUAUAUGAUGAAUAAUUGCAUGUAAGAGUUAAGGGAAAGAUAUCCUGAUUCAACAAUCGAUGAUUCCUUAGUUUAAUCUAUUGAUUGGGUUGAUUUUAUUAAGCCUGAAUAAUUUAUGUUUGAUAAACGUGAUUUAGGAUAGUUAACACUAGAUGAAAUUGAAAUAAAGGGUAGAAUGUAUACAGAAAAAUAACUAGUAAUAAUUUGAAUAAAAUUAGAUUUUAGAAAAUUAUGAAAGAAACUAAAAUAGUUUUACUAAAUUUUUAAGAUCCUAUAAUCUAACUGAAAAGUCAAUAUCAAUAUUUGCAAUAGUGAUAAUAAUGUCUAUAUUUUUUUAUAAUUUCAUAAAAGGUAAUAAAUGAAAAUAUAUUAAAAAAGCAAUGAAAUUUAUUAUAUAAGAGCAUAUAAAAGAGGAAGAAUAGCGUAAAAACAAGAAGAAAAAGAAAAUAAAUUGA